AAUAUUCUAUUCAAUAUGGCGAAUUGUUUGCAGUUUCACUUCAUAUGCUCCAUCAUGGCUGAUAAAAGACAGAAUAGUUUAUCAAAAGAAGAAAUAGCGAAGCAGUUUAUGCUGCCAGAAAGAAAGAGCAAAAUCGCAACAUUGUUAAAACAAGACGGUCAAGCGUAUUGUAUUUGUAGAAGCUCGGAUAGUUCUCGUUUUAUGAUAGGAUGCGACGCAUGCGAGGAGUGGUAUCAUGGUGAUUGCAUAAAUAUAACUGAAAAAGAUGCAAAACAUAUUAAGCAAUUUUUCUGUGUUCGCUGUAGAGAAGAAGACUCAACUUUGGUAACACGAUACAAACCACGUAGAACUGAUCAAGAUGACAGAAAGCAUAGAAAAUAUAAGGAGAAAGAAGGAGGACAUCGAUACGAGUACGAUGCACCUUGGGAUCCUAGAGUAGAAAAAAAAUCCUCCAAGCGUUGCGGAGAAUGCACUGGAUGUCUACGUUCGGAAAAUUGUGGAAAAUGCGACGCCUGCAGACAUUUGAAGAAACAUGGGCCUUCGGUGCGACUAAAGCUCAGAUGUAUCCAGCGAACCUGCCGUAUACUGGGAGAUCCAUUAAAACCUUCUAAAAGUUUUAACAAGGGAACGAAAUUGACCAAGAAGCGAAAGAGAGAUUCGAGUAAUGAAAGAAAUGAAUAUCUGGAACCGCCGCGUCAUUGCUAUGGCCCUGCGUGUACGAAGCAAUCGCGACCCGGUAGUAAAUACUGCUCCGACGAUUGUGGCUUGAAAUUAGCGACGAGCAGAAUUUAUCAGGUAUUACCACAGCGGAUACAGGAGUGGUCGCUAACUGCGUGCAUUGCGGAGCAAAACAAUAGACGCGCUCUAGAAUCCGUGAGGAAGCAGCAACACGAUGUUCGCAGAAUACUUCAAGAGCUGGAAAAGAGACACGUUGAAUUAGAUCGCAUCGUCGAACGUGCAAAGCAUGCGACCAUCGAUCCGCAAGCCGAGGUGGACGACAAUGACGAUACAGAAAGUAGCAUGUACUGUAUCACGUGCGGCCAUGAAGUCCAUUCGAGAACCGCUGUUAAACAUAUGGAGAAAUGUUUCAAUAAGUACGAAUCGCAAGCGUCUUUCGGCUCAAUUUUCAAGACGCGCAUCGAGGGCCAAGUGAUGUUCUGCGAUUUUUACAAUCCUGUGAAUAGAACCUAUUGUAAAAGAUUGCGUGUUCUCUGUCCGGAGCAUUGUAAAGAUCCCAAGAUUGGCGACAGUGAAGUGUGCGGUUGUCCAUUAGUUACGAAUGUGUUCAACGUUACAGGCGAGUUUUGUCGCGCGCCUAAAAAGAGCUGCGUAAAACACUACAUGUGGGAAAAACUGCGACGUGCAGAGAUUGAUAUGGAGAGAGUGAGGCAGUGGCUGAAGAUCGACGAACUUGUAGAACAGGAAAGGCAGAUACGAUCGAAUAUGGCGACGCGAGCUGGUGUAUUAGCGCUCAUGUUGCACUCUACUUACAACCAUGAGCUAAUGGAACAGAUGACACAGGAACAGAGCAGAGAACAACUACAGGCGAUGGAAGAGGAACUACAAAGAAGAUAUGGUUUACAAAAGGAAUAAUGAAGCAGUGAUAGCCUCUCUCUACUUCAUAUUCUUCAUUAUUCAACCGUAAUAUCAUUUGUUUUAACUCAUUUUAUAUAUGCAUACCUUCCA